UCCCACAUCCCUCACUUUCUACUCUUUCUUCCUUUUCUAGCUCUCCAUAUUUGCUGAACUAGUUUGUAGAACUAUGGCUGGCUGUGCACUUGCUUAUGGGUUUGGCCUUGUGGUAGCAAUGCUGUUGCCUGGACUAAGCCUUGGGGAUGACUUCGUCUGCACAAGAGCUACUUACUACGGCAGUCCUGAUUGCUUAGGGACUCCAACUGGAGCUUGUGGGUAUGGCGAAUUUGGAAGGAACGUGAAUGAUGCUAACGUAGCUGGAGUCUCCAGACUUUGGAAGAACGGCACAGGAUGUGGCGGUUGUUAUCAGGUGAGGUGCAAGGCGCCAGAACUCUGCACCGACGAAGGCGUCAACAUAGUGGUGACGGACUACGGCGAGGGAGACCACACGGACUUCAUCCUCAGCCCACGCGCCUACGGGAGGAUGGCGCGUCCCAACUGCGCGCCGGAGCUCUACAAAUACGGCGUCGUGGAGGUGGAGUACAAGCGGAUCCCUUGCCGCUACGCCGGCUACAACAUCGUGGUCAAGGUCAAGGAGCACAGCAAGUACCCUGACUACCUGGCCGUCGUGCUCCUCUACCAGGCCGGCCAAUACGACGUCGCCGCGGUCGAGAUUUGGCAGGAGGAUUGCAAGCAGUGGAGAGGAAUGAGGAGGGCGUACGGUGCCGUUUUCGACGUCGUUGCUCCGCCGAAAGGCGAACUCAAACUGAGGUUCCAAUUGGUGAGCAGCGUCGAGACGACAUGGGUUGAGUCCAAGAGUGCCAUUCCUGGGGAGUGGAAGGCUGGGGCUACUUAUGAUUCCAAUCUCCAACUUAACUAAACUUAAACUAUAUUAUGCCAUGUGUAGAUAAUUAAUUGUGUUUUGUUUAAGUUGGGGAGUUGUUUGUUGGUGUUAAUUUUGUAGCUUUGUUUUGGGUUUGGGUUUGGCUUUGGGUUUGUGAGGCGUCAAGAAAUAAUGAUGGGCCUUUCUCUUUGAGCUUUGGUGAACGAAGAUAUGGGCCUUUAGUGUACUUCUCGGGCAUUAUUGUCACGUUUUAUGAUUUUAUGAAUAAAAUUUGCAGCGCCUUUGGGCUGUUGCCUGUACUGUUAGUAAAACUAUAUUCUGGCA